GCAUUUAACUCUUGCCGCGUGCACAACGAAACGGACGAAGCGAUAACAACGGAAAAACGGCCGCCUCGCGUUGGCUGGGGAGUUCCGCUCUCUUGCUCUCCCUCUCUUCGUCUCUUACUCUCUCUCUGUCUCUGUUAGCGCUCGCGUGUUUAACAUUUUGUAUUGUGUUGUUUUGUUUUUGGUGGAAAAUGCAAAAGACGCCAAUUGCAGCUGCAGUUGCUGUUGCCGCAUUUUCUUCUCAUUUGUGUGUGCAACAAUGCAUAGAAAAGUGCCCAACAAAUUAUAUAAAAUAUAAACGACAAAGACUAAAUAUCAAACUAAUUUAAAAAUGUGCCUUAAAUGUUAAAAAUAAACACAAAUUAAAGAACAACACAAAGUGUCUUCCGCUUGCAACAAACAACAACAUCAACACAGAUAAAACUAACACAGCAAGUGUGAAUACUCAACACCCAGUGCCACGCCCCCAAACUGAAUACAAAACAAAGCCAAAAAAAAAAAAACACAGAACUACAAACCACAAAACACAUCGAAAAGAAAAGUGUAACAGAAAUCGACGGGGGGAAAAAAUAAAACACAAAUCAUGAGUAGUCAACCUGCCAGCCAGCCCGAUAGCAUUGACUUAGCCUAUGAUAUGUGGGCGGGUCAAUUCGAAUUUGUCGGCCCAACAGUGAAUGCAGCAACCAGCACCAGCACGACGGCAAUUAAUCACAAGAACAACGCGCUCAACAACAACAACAACAAUAACAACUGCGUGAAAUUUGGUAGUGAUCGGAACGCUAGUCAAAGUAUUUCCUCAGCGGAAAGUUUGGAGGAUUUGAAUUUGAAUUUCAAUACCAGUUCCACACAAAAUCCCCUGAGCAACGCCUACAGUCUGGGUGUGGGCGUGGCUGGACAAUAUCCAGGAUUUGGCAAGCAGCCGAUACUGAUCGAUCAGGAGACAUUUCUGAGCCUAAAUCCGGCUGAUUUUGAGGAUAUUGUGCCAUCGGAUUCGGAGCCCAGUUCCCUGGUCUUUAUCGAGAAUAAACUUGAAGCGAACAACAAUAACAACAGCCUGGAAUCGAACAACAAUAAUAAUAAUAAUAAAGUAUACAAUUUGGAAACGUUGACAAGUAAAUUCAACAAUAAAACGAACAAUACCAAUACCAACGGCUUCAAAUUGGAAAAUCUAAAGAACUUCAAAAACAAAUUGCUGUGCGAUUUUGAGGAAAACAGCGGAACAGCCAACGGAACAAACGGCAAAAUGAACGGAGCCCUCAGUGCCGAGAUAUGCGAUAAUUUCAACGAGCAAUUGGAGCUGCUGCAGCGCAAGGUGGACGAUCUGUCAGAUACGCAAAACAUAGCCGAGGAUCGCACGACGCGCACCAAGACUGAAUAUGCGGUGCUCCAGGCGCGCUAUCACAUGCUCGAGGAGCAGUACAGAGAGUCGGAGUUGCGUGCCGAGGAGCGUUUGGCCGAGGAGCAGAAGCGCCAUCGCGAAAUUUUGGCCCGUGUGGAACGCGAAGCCUCGCUGCAGAAUGAGAACUGCCAGAUGAAGAUCAAAGCCACAGAAAUCGAGGCGAAUGCAUUGCGCGACGAGGCGCAGCGAUUGCGUGUCUUGUGCGAUAAGCAGGCCAACGAUUUGCAUCGCACCGAGGAGCAGCUGGAGCUGGCACGCGAUCAGAUUGCGGCCCUGCAGCAGGAAUACGAUGAGCAGCUGCAAACGCUGCGCCAACACGAAAAGGAAAAGAAAUCCACCGAGGAGCUAAUGCUCGAGCUGAGUCGCGAAUUGCAGCGUGCCCGCGAGGAGAACGGGGCACGUGCCAUGCCCACCACAUCACCGGAGAGCAUAAGACUGGAGGAGCUGCACCAAGAGCUCGAGGAGAUGCGCCAAAAGAAUCGCUCACUCGAGGAGCAGAACGAGGAGCUGCAGGCAACCAUGCUGACGAAUCAGGCCACCAUGCUGACCAAUGGCGUCGAGCAGGGACGUAACCUGCUGAAUGGCACUCUGAAUAAUCUGGCCCAGGAGCUGGAGGAGAUGUCACAGGCUCAGGAUUCUGUGGAUUCAGCCACAUUAGCAUCCUUAAGUCAGCUGCAACAGGCCUUCCAGGAAAAGGAGGAUGAGAAUGUGCGUCUCAAGCACUACAUUGAUACAAUCUUACUGAACAUCGUGGAGAACUAUCCCCAGUUGCUCGAAGUCAAGCCCAUUGAGCGCAAGUAAAAGAACAACCGGAUGAAACAAUAACCCAGACACCUUACAGUCUCUGGACCACCUAAAAUAAACUCUAAACGGAAAACUAACUAAUUAACUACUUUAAAAUACAUUUUAAGGCUUUCCCAUAUAUUUAUGUAUACAAUUUAAGUAAUAAUUUAUUUUAUAACAAUUUAUUGUAGUUUUUAAACCGAACAACACAAGAGAACAGAACUACAAAUUUAUGUGAAGUUAGUUGAAAUUGUUAAUUAUAUAUUUUUCGUCAACCUUUUCUAUUUUAACUAAUCGUUUUGUAUAAAAGUUUCAUUUUUGUAAAAUAGGAAAAAAUAAUAUUGUCAAAAGAAAAAACCCCAGCAAAUUGUUUAUAGUUAUUGUAGUGUUGUUGAGCCCUAAAGAUAUUAAACAUAAAAAAAAUAGCUCUUAAGAUUAUACACCUUUUAAAACCAACAAUAUUUAUUAAUAUAUAAAGCAAUUGAUAGUUACUAUGUAAGUAUAUGAUAUGUGUAUGAGUAGGUGUGCAGAACGGUUGAAAGUAUCGUUCAAAUGUUUGAUAAUAUAUCAUUUAAAUUCUUAAAUAUAAUUAAGUAAGGGGCAGCGAUUAGGAUAUUUGUAGGAGUUUUAUUAAGAAGAACUUAUCCCUAACAUAAACUUUGUUAUAUUUUCUCAAAUUUCAACUUUCUUUCUACUUCUUUUUUCUUCAUCUUAUAUCUAAAUCUAUAUAUAUUUCCUCUAUUUGCUCUAUUUUCUCGACUUACUUUCUUUUAUGCUCUUACCAAUGCCUUUGCUGCUGCCCAUUUACUACAUACAGAUCGAAGAGAAACCUAUCAAAAAUUUGCGUUUAUGGUAUGGACAAUCCCCAGGAUAUAUAGUUGAUGUUUUUUAUUUAGCCUGAAUCUAUGAAAAAUGAUAGAAAUUGCUUGUCAAGAAAUGGUAGACCGAACACAAAAAUGAAAAUAAUACACAAAAUAUGUAUGCAAAUAUGUAAAACUAAUCUUAAUUAACUGAACAACGUACUACAUAUACAUAGUAUAGAAUGUAAACAUAGAUGAUGGACGCAAUGUGCAAAGAUUUAGGGAUCGCUACUGUGGAGAGGCUCUUUGAUUACGAGCCAUGCAACCGAGCCCUAAACUCAAUGAAAACCAGAACAGAAAACAGAACUCAAAGUGGUCAACUAUUUUACACAUAUUUAUAUAUAUAUAUAACGAUAACUAUCUAAAUCAAAACUAUGUUUAAAAAAUUGCUAAUCAAAAGUUUGAUGCCUUAAAUGAUUUUCGAAAGUCGCAAGAAAUAAUUUUAUAUGAUAGAAGAGUGCUGUAAAAGGCAAGAAAUUCAAAGUUUUAAGCUUGUAGAUAAUACUAAAAAAGUCCAUUAUAUUUUAACAAAAUGUACAUCUAUGCCUAAUAACAUAGAGUUUUAAUGUUAAUUUACACAAACGAAGUGUAAGAAAUAUUACUAAAAAUAAUAAAAAGAAUUUUAUA